AAACCUGCACAAGUCUUCAGGAAGUGAGAGUAAAAAAAGAUGAAAUGAUUCCACAUUUUUUAAUGAACUGAUGGGUGUGUGCCGAGCUCAAGAAUGCCCAUGUGGUAGGAGGCAGAGAUUAUUUUGAUUUCAAGAGGAUUUGAUGUGCUCUCCAAGAUGACAUGCACACUUACAUCACAAACGCAAAGACUGUGGAUUCUAAGUGUGGUUUUGAUCGCAGCAGUUGGAGUGGAGAUUCCUUGUCCAAAAGGUGGGCGGAUCCACCUGGCCAGCCAGAGAUGCUAUUGGCUUUCUGAGACGUCAUCUUCAUGGUCUGAAGGACUGGACUCAUGCAAAGGCUCCGGAGGAGGAGAUCUGGCAUCAACUUCCAGCCUGGAGCUGCAAACCUUUAUAUUUUACUCCUUUCCAAUGAAAACCACUUCAUGGAUAUGGAUAAAGGGAUCAGAGGGGGUACAGUCUGAUCAGGCUGCAGGUGUGGAGCCAAUAAGUCCUGCAUGGGGGUCCAGAGACAGUGUGACUCCGAUGUUGUGUACUCAAAUGUCUUUAGGGACACAAGGAAGAUGGAGGAAAGCUAAUUGUACUGCACCAUAUCUCUACCUCUGUGAAAAACAAUUAACUGAGCCUUUACUAUCAGUGGACAGUUAUCUAAUUGGAUUGGUCUUCAUGUCCGGCGUCUAUGCACAGACUCAGAUACACCCACUAACUUCCGCCCCUGACAUCAGCCAACUGAAAGUAGAGAUGCAGCUGUUCCCUGGGAUGUGGUUCAGUCAUGCUGGUCAGCUAGUAUCAGUGGAGCUGGUGGUUCAGCCCAGUACAAAGUCCUCUCUAGCCCGUGUCCAGAUCCUCAGACCCUACUGCAAUCCUAACCAACAUUUAGUACCUCCAGGUUGUAGUUCCCUCCUUAAUCCAUUCAGCUGCUGUUCAGCAGUACCUCUGUGUAACACCACAGGGGGCUGCAGCAGGGGUCAGUACUGGUGCCAUCUGCUGGAGGCCUGUGUGUGCACCACUUGUCCCUGCAGCCCCUAUGACUCUGCAGCAGAGAGCCGGGGCUUUGUUCUACCUCCUAGGUAUGCUGCAUUACCACCCUUCUAUCACCUGGUGGCAGACCUGCCUCUGACAAUAAACCCUAGCCCUGAUCUCAGCAUAUUAAGUAUGCUUCUUUCGAAUCGAGAAAUCCUGGUGUACCCUGAUGACAUUGUGGCUAUACAACACACUCGCGACUUCGGAACAUUUUUACACUGCCUGAACAGUGAUGCUUCUCUAAAAUCCCCAUGGCGCCAGAGUUACAUGUCUCUCAAGGGGACGGAGUGGGGAGGCUGGUGGGAGGGGGCCCUCACUUCCCUGCCCAAAGAGGGACAGUGGGUUGAUGGGGUUGUGUGUGAUCUGAGGAUGCUUUACGAAGACAAUCUUCCUAGAGGCACAGAGGACGAUAACUUAGGCUCCUCCUUUAAAGAAACAACCACAGCUCCAGUAGUUUGGGCCUGGGAAAAUGGUCCUACUCCAAGCACUACAUUUGGAUUGAACAUCGUCCAUCCUGUGCCAGAUAAAGAUAACCAGAUUCAUGUCCAAAUCAAUGUCCCUACACUGAUUGUUGUAAAGGUCCUGUCUGGGGAAAAUGCCAUGUGCUCAUGGUCGGCCCCAAUUCAGCAGACAGGAAUCCCCUUUCUUCCAUAUUGCCCUGAAGAGGUGACUCAGUUUUUGCCUGACUGUAAGAGGCAGCCCCAUGAUGCCUGGUUCUCAUCUGUGAUCCUGGUAAUUCCAACAGAGGGAGUUCAAAUGCUGAACAUCAGUGUGGUCAAUGCAGUUAGCUCUCAGAAUCUGAGUGUCGAGGUUUGUGGAUAUACGGCAGUCACAGGACUCAGUGUUGAGCCACACAGAUGCAGGAGGAUGCUUGUAGGCGUUCCACAGUCCUUUAUGGCCAGAGUGAAGAGUGGCUCCUCUGUCAUAUUCACAUGGGUGAUUGACAAUCUGGAUAACUAUGCUCAUGAAGGAAAAUCUUACAGUAUUGUGUUCAAGAAACCUGCUGAGUAUAACUCCCAAAGCCAGCUGGUCCUCCUGACUGCUGAUGAAGUUGCCCCAAUGGCUAAGCCAGAGUUCUUGUUUGUCAGAGAGGUUGUAGCUGUGGAUGCUACAAGUCUCUUCUGCCUCAGGGUCAAAGCUGACAUGUCCCUGCCAGUCACUUUUAGAUGGGAUUUUGGGGAUGGGAGUAGCAAAGUGACCCAUACCCAGUCAGCUCCAUGUAUGACCACACAAGAGAAGGAAGUGUAUGUUCAGGACUCAGUUAACCAUUCUUAUUCUUUCAAAGAUGACUUCACACUUCAUGUAAAAGUCUUCAACCAAUACAACACUGUUGAUGCAUUCACGAAGAUAAGCGUCCGGCCUAAAUUACAUCACCUCGAUAUUUCCUCUACCCCUGCUGUGCCCCUAGUCAAACAGACCCUCCUUUUGGAAGCUUUCCCAGAACCAUUCACCAAUGUUGUCCUUUACAGAUGGGACUUUGGGGAUGGCUCUGAAGCGUUCCUUGGUACCAACCGUAAAGUAAGCCACACUUUUGCAUCUGCUGGAGUUUAUAACAUCACAGUGUGUGCCAACAACACUGUUACAGUUCUGACCAACUCGCUCAACGUCGAAGUCAUGGAAAACAUUUCUGGAUUGACAGUCAGCAACAAUGGACCCAGUGAACUGAGCUCUCCUACAUACUUCAGAGCUACAGUGGCCACUGGUACAAGUCUCAUGUGGAAAUUUGACUUUGGGGAUGGGACCCUCCAGGGAAACCUUAGAGAUGGUUCAAUCACCCACAUCUAUAAAUCACCAGGGAAUUAUACAGUAAUUGCAACUGUCUCAAACUCUGUCAGUCAAGCUCAUCAGUCAAUCAGUGUAGAGGUCUAUAAGUUAGCUGUUAGUGGAGUUCUUCCAACAGACUGUGUCAUGAGUGGAAAAGAGAUACAGCUUAGUGCUCUAGUAAAUGGGAACAUAUCAAUUCUAACUUUCCAUUGGUUGCUUGGUGAUGGAUCACCUCUGGCUGUAGUGAAGGGACAGUCAACAGCCCUGCACAGAUUUCAAAGCCCAGGAUCUUUUAAUAUAGGUUUGACUGUGUUUAGUUCAUUUACAUCUGUGUCAUUUAAUACAAGUAUAUGUGUGGAAUUGGGAAUAAUUAACAUGACAGUGCAGUCAUCAUGCAAAGUAGUGGCAGUAGCAGAAGAGGUAUGCUUCGAAGUGUCGGUAUCCCCUGAUCAGAUGGAAGGUUACCUAUUUAGGUGGUUAAGAAGUCCAUCUAAUUUCAGUGCAAUGACAAAGAACUCUGAACAAUGUUUGAUCUUUAUGUACGAAGGAGUUGAAGAGAUAUCAGUAACAGCAAGUAACAGAGUCAGUAACAAAACUGCCAAAACUAGUGUCAUCAUUCAAAACCCUGUUAGGAAGCUGUCAGUGGCCCAUGACAGUCAAAUGGAUACAAUGACAGUCAAUAAAUCAACAUUUUUUUGGGUUGUCAGCUGCACUGGAAGCAAUGUGUCAGUGCUAUGGGACUUUGGAGAUGGCUCUAAGGUGGAGCAGGGGCAAAAUGUGUCACACGUAUUUACCUCGAAAGGUCAAUUCACUGUCACUGCCACGGCAUUUAACGCUGUCAGUCGCCAUUCUGUAACCCUAAAAGUCAAUGUUUUACUUCCUGUAUCAGACCUAUUACUUAACACAGACCAGCCAUAUGCUGCAGUGGGAGAAGAAACUUUAAUUUCAGCAUUUAGCAGUGCCAACAGUAGUACAAACUACUACUGGACAGUCGAUGGUGUCACCUCAACCAAACAAGGUACUUAUCAGUUUCAGUUUACUUUCAGGAAACCUGGAGUCUAUCAAGUUAGGGUUAUAGCACAGAACUUGGUAAGUAGAAGAGAGGCAGCUAUUUUGAUUGAGGUCUUUGAAAGAAUAGAGGGUCUUCAGAUAAAAUGUCAGAGCCUAUCAAACAUGAAAUAUGUACCUACAGAAGAGGAGCUUCUGUUUAUUUCUUCAGUCACCAAGGGCUCUAAUGUGACUUAUCACUGGCUUGCAAGUGGAGUGAAUAGACAAAUUGCUGCUAGUGGCAAUUGGUUUCAAAUGAUUACUGAAACUCCUGGACAGAUUUUAGUUCAGCUAAGAGCUUCUAACAUGUUGGGUGAGGUCACCAGCAUUGUUUCUUUAGAGGCAGUACAGCGUAUAAUUGUAGCAAAUAUCUCAAAACAAUCAAACAUUUUUGCAUUAGGUAAAUUGGUGAAUAUGUCUGUAUCCGUGGUUUCUGGGUCUCACCUACAGUACUUCUGGUAUGUGAAAUCUGAUAUAUUACCCCUUAGGACAUGUGUCCCAUUUCUACUCCACACUUUUGCAAGUUUGGGUCACUGUCUUGUCAAAGUUUCAGUUCAGAAUGCGCUUGGCUACAGAAAUGUCACCUUAGAGUUAACAAUUCAGGAGGAGGUCCAAGAGGUGGACUUUGAAAUUGAAGGACAGAAACUUCCAUUCUAUAUACCUACGGGUGCUGCUGUCAAACUGCAUGGGCUUAACCAAGGGGGUAGUGAUCUGAACUGGAUCUGGAAUGUUUACAGUAAAAAAAUGCCUUUUAGUGCUAUUAACCAGACCUUUAUCAACACUUUUCUACAUGCAGGCAUCUAUCAGGUGUCUUUGAAUGUCUCAAAUGGGAUAAAUUGGCAGAAAGUUUCACACAUUGUUACAGUCCUUGAUGCAAUCACAGGGCUUAUGCUGAACACUUCCAAGUCUUCUGUCUGCACAGAAGAACAAGUAACAUUUACUCCAGCAGUCUCUAAAGGAAGCAAUGUAAGCUUUGCUAUAGCAAUUAUAAAUAAAGACUGGAGUCAUAGUCUGGAAAUGGUUGAAGGGCAGUUCACCACAUCAAGCCUUCCAGCAGGAACAAAUCUACUGAAGGUGAAAGCUUGGAACCAGGUCAGUUGUUCUGAGAUGUCUGCCAGCAUUCUGGUCACUGAGCAGAUUCAAGGUUUACGACUUGUGAACUGUUGUUCUGCUGAUUUAGAGGCUUUCAAAGAAAUCCAGUUUAAGGCAGAAGUUCAAAGUGGACCUCCAGUCAACUAUACCUGGGUAUUUUAUUUAAUGGGGUCUGAACCCACAUGGCUCUUAGGCCAAGAAGUGAUCUUUACUCCACAAGAUAGUGGUUCAUUGUCUUUUAGUGUGUUUGCCACUAGUGGAGUCUGCUCCAAGACACUAAAUGAUACUCUUACAGUUCAUUUGCCUCUUAAGCAUGUUAACAUUGUCUGUGAUUCAGAAAGAAUAUUUGUUGGACAUUCUGUCAAGUUUUCUGCAACAGUAAAUGGAGGGAGCAACCUCAGUUACCUCUGGAACUUUGGAGACUCCUCUGAAACAAUGCAAACAGAUGAUAGCACACUUCAGCAUACAUAUUAUAUUCCUGGGAAGUAUAGUAUUGUGGUCAAAGUUCUCAAUAGUGUUGGCCAUGUGUCCACAAAGCUACACAUGGAAGUGGAGGAGCUCCAGUGUACCAGCCCACAAGUUUCCUUUGUCCAGAACCAAUCUACCAUCUUCAGGUCUAGACUGAAUAUCUUCGAAGCAAGGGUGGACAACAACUGCUCAGUUUACAAAACCACGUACCUAUGGGAGAUAUUCAGAGAGUCAGAUUGUACCAAUGGCAAUUUAGAAUUAUAUGGGAAUAAAGUCGUUCUUAAAAGCAAGGUAGAUAGAACUUCACCUUUUCUUUUAGUCCCCAAGCUUAGUCUUGACGUGGGACAGUAUUGCCUUCUAUUCAAAGUUUCACUCCAGGAAACUCCUCUUGUUGUCCAACAAAGAACCACUGUUAAAGUGGUCCAUGCCCCGCUAGUAGCUGUAAUCAAGGGAGGCUCACACAGACUGUGGCCCAGCACCAGUGAUCUUGUCCUGGACGGCUCUGGCACCAAAGACCCUGAUGUAGAGCCUGGAGUGGAGGAUACACUACAGUAUAACUGGACAAUGAUGACAUUGGUGACUGUGUGCGGUUCUGCAUUGCUUCAAGUGAUUGUGGAAUGUGUUUCAUGCUCUGUCCUGUUCUCACCUCACACUAUAAGUUACAACAUUCCCAUCAUUCUCUCAGGAAAAUGUGAACAGUGUGAUGGCGAUGCAAAGUACAAGUGGAGUGCUAAGGACCAGACUGGCAUGAACCUUGACCUUAAUGAGGUAUCCACCUCGACAGGGAGUCAGUCUGCUAACUUGGUGAUAAGGUCAGGUGUUCUGCAGCCAAGGCAGAGUUAUACCUUCAGUCUCAAUGUAUCCCAGUCUGGCAGAGUUCAGUGGGGCAGUGCCAGCCUCACAAUACUACCCAACAAUCCACCUCAUGGAGGCCUGUGUGAGCUUAGUCCACAAUCAGAUAUCCGUCUGCUGGAUACAUUGGUAACCUAUAACUGCUCAGGAUGGCAAGAUGAAGAAAGCGAGGCCUCGCAGCUUAUCUAUACAUUCCAGGUGGCACCAUGUGAGUCCACUGGCCCAGCCUGCCCCCUGCUUACUCUGUACAGGGGUACUCGUUCAACAUAUGGCACCCUGGUUCCAAUGGGAAUUCCUUCACCAGUUAAAAGCAGACCAGUAAUUAUAGUGACAGUGCAGGUGGAAGACUUUCUUGGGGCAAAGGUCAUAGCUCUGAACAGAGUGUUGACUGUUGAAAAUCCUGCAGGGGACAAGGUUGCCAGUCAGUGGCUCAUAAACAAGAGACGGACAGAGCUUUGGACUUUAGUCCAGCAUGGCAACCCACAAGAGAUCAUCCCUUAUUCUAUUGCCCUCACCAGCCAGCUCAAUCAGAUGGAGUCUGGACAGACUGCCAGGGAGCUCGAAGUCAGGAGAGAGACACGGGAAAAUGUGACCCAAGCCCUGGCCUCUCUGCCUGUUUCAUCCUUGAUGGACGUUGAUCAGAUCAGCUCAGCAUUGUCACUGUCCACUGCUGUUCCUAGUGAAAUGGCGUGUCGUAACUGCCAGGAGAAGGUUCUUGAGGCAGUGCAAAAGAUGAUCCAUGUGAUGCAGGAGCAGAUGAGUCCUGGGGCUUUGUCAGCUGAAACAGGAAGAAACAUCAUUAACAUCAUAGGUAAUACGCUGGCUGCUGUGUCUUUCAGUUCUCAUCGAAACUACUCCAGUACACUGCAGCCAGCUUCUACAAUAUUCCUGUCAGCGCUGGGUCAUGCUGGUGCCCUAAUGCAUUCUCUGAUGCUUGCACGUGUGCCCGGUGAGGCACCUCUUUCACUCUCCAGCUCAUAUGUAAACACAGUGGGUUUCCAUGGAGACCCCUCUGACCUCCUGUGCACUCCCCAAUCCAGACAAAACAAACAUCUUCCCUGGUCAUCAAGUGACAAAUCGAAGGGUUCUUAUUGUCACUUUCAUAUCCCUACCUCCCUUACUACUCACCUGAAGAACCAGGAGUCUGAAGUGGUACAGCUUCUCUUUGGUAUGGAUGUAGAUACAGAAUCCAACUCUUUUUUGACUGCAGCAGACCCUCCAAUUUCCACUACUCUGGUUGCAAUGGAGCUAACCACACCUCAGGGCCAACCAAUACCCAUCCAGGAUCUGGACCCUGAACAGGCCAUAUGGGUCACCCUGCCAAACAAGUUCCCUUUGGGACAGAACGAUCUGGAUGGAGAUGGCGGCAUAAGUGAAUCUGGGAAUGGGACAUGUCUUACUGUAACAUUACCAACUGAAGGAAAGUUGAACUUUACAGUCAACGCUGUGGAUGGUCUGGAUGAAAACGCAGGUUUAUAUAUAUCCUUCAACUUCAGCCAUGAUUCAGGACCCAAUUCUGUUUGCAUGGGACAUGUAAUGAUUGAAGUGAGCUCCUCACUGGCAGGAACAAAUACAUCCCUGGAUUUGUCAGUAAGAAAGUUGUCUCUCACUCUCUCUGCUUCGACCACAUCAACAGAGGAAACCAUCUUCCUUUCUCCGCUCUCUCUGUGCCAAUACUACAGUGUGAAGGAGAGGCGUUGGAGCAGUGAGGGCUUGCAGUCACUAGAAGGCAGCACGCUCCAUGCAGCACACUGUCUCACCAAGCACCUUACACUGUUUGGGGCCAGUAUGUUUGUUCAUCCUGGGGCUGUUGUACUGCUGCCACCGCCAAGUGGUCCCACACGAAACAUGGUGGUGGGGAUUGUUUGCGCAGUCCUGGUUCUGAUUCACGUACUGGUGGGUCUCAUCGCCCAUAAACUGGACCACUUGGACAGCUUGAGGAUGAGCCAGGUCCCUCUGUGUGGCCGACCGGGGCUGUACCACUACAGAGUGCUGGUUAAGACUGGCUGGCGGCGAGGAGCAGGCACCACAGCCCAUGUUGGGAUCUGUCUGUACGGUGUAACAAAGAGCGGCUCUCGCCAUCUGCAGAGGGAGGGAGCUUUUCAGCGUGGCGGUCUUGACCAGUUUCAUCUGGAAACAGAUGACAACCUGGGGGAAAUUUGGAAAAUUCGUAUUUGGCAUGAUAACACAGGUCUGGACCCGUCCUGGUAUGUUCAACAUGUGGUGGUCUGGGACCCUCAGACUGACCACAUGUUCUUCUUCCUGCUGGAGGACUGGCUCUCCGUGGAGAAUCAGAAGAAUAGCACUGUGGAGAAGGAAGUGCUGGCUUCUUGUCCUGAGGAGCUUUCCCAGUUUCAAAGGGUCUUCAGUACCCAGUUCAUGUUUGGGAUGGUUGAGCACCACCUGUGGCUUUCCCUUUGGGAAUGCCCUGCCCACAGCCGUUUGACCAGGUGUCAGAGGGUUACAUGCAGUGCCCUUACGCUGCACCUCUACAUGGCAAUGGGUGCUCUGUGGUACGUGGCUGUUGGUACUGAGGGCAGCAGUGGACCUGUUUCAGCCCAGCUCCCAGUAAACAUGGAGGCGAUUGCUGUGGGGGUGACUGUUGCAUUACUGGUGUUUCCUCUGCAGUGCUGUCUGUGUUUCCUGUUUGGAAAGUGUCACAAUCAGGUGGCCGAAGACAUGCCAGAUCAUUCUUCUCUCGUGUGUCACACUGUUGAGAUGGACGUCAACCUUGGCCAGUCAGCGCUCUCUGGCCCCUCCUUCUUGUCACUGGCAGACUCCUCUGGCCCAGUGCGGGACAGCCCUCAAUCUUUACUGGAGAGCAAGGUGUUUGACUCUAGUAUUCUGGACUUUUGGUCAGCAUCUGGCUUGGUGCCACAGACAUUCAACGGAGCAUGUCAAGAGGCGGGCACAGAGACACUGUGGUCCUGUGAAAGCCUACUCAAUCUACCAAUAGACCCAUAUCUCACCGAAAUGUCACCCGCUCUUGGCCGGACAAACCAGCUGAGGAGAAAAAAGGCCCUGAUGCAGCGCUGCCAGUCCUCAUCUUCCUCCACUUACCCCACGGCUGCGUCUCUCUCUCCAGUUUGCACAUUUGCUCUUUCAAAAGGCAUUUUCAGUUCCCACCAAUCCCCUACACAUGGACAAAGGGUCUCCACCUUGAACACCCACUUUGUGCAAGCUCAUAGCCACAACCUGACAACAUUUCUAACUCUCUCUGAGGAGGAUCUUCUGAUGUCCAUAGCAGCGGCAUCAGAGGACCCAGUCGAAGUAAAUAACAGCAACUCAGACAGUGGCCGGGAUUCCCCAAGAACCACGUCAUCACUCUCAAACAUCCAGAGCACCUCUUGCAGCAGCUGGUCAGAGCAAAGUGAGGAUAAGUCACUUUUUGGUGAUACCCACAAGCCAGAUCCACAGUCCUGCCCCUUCCUGUCUGGUGCAGGACUCUACAGGUGUCCCUCUGUGCUAUCUGUAGACUCGAUGGCCAGCACCUUCCUGCCAAGCCCUUCUCCAGACUCUUCACGCUCUUGCUCCGCCACACGAAUAGGUGUUGCUCGAGGUAAACCCAGCUGGCUGCUCCCCCGCUGGGUGCUGUGUGUGAUUUACCCUGUGGUGGCUGUGCUGCUGGGAGCUUGCAUAACUGUGGUUGGAGUCUAUGGCAGCCACAUGUCCAGGACAGUAGUCCUCAUGUGGCUUGUUUCAGUGCUCUCUGCCUUCCUCAACUCUGCUUUACUGCUUGAACCCCUCAAAGUGUGUGUGCGAGCCUUGAUCAACACAGCACUUUGGAGGCCUGUGGACCCAGAAGUGGAGGACAAGCUUGCUCAGGAGUCAACUGUGGUCAGGGCAUUUAGAGAGCAUGGUGGAAAGGUUAGACCACCAUGCGGCUACGGGCUUCUUCAGGCUAAGGAGGAGGCCCGAAAGGUCCAAGCUAUGCGAUCACUUAUGACGCACGGUAUUUGCCAGCUGUUAUUUCUGUUGCUGGUGUUGAUGGUGAACUACCAGGACAGCGUAGAGAAACAGGAGGGCAGACUGCUGCAUUCUGCUGUCAGACACCGACUACACACAGCACCCUUGGGAGUCCCUAACCUCACAUCACUCAGAGACUGGUCUGAAGCAGAACAGUGGAUCAACCACACCUUGGUGCCGAUCCUACACCAAAGCCCGUCACUACGUCUUUUAGGAUUCCCACGGCUGCAGUGUAAACAUACCCUCAGUCCUCUGGCUACGUAUUUCCUGGGAGAUAACAGCGCAACAACCAAACAGCUUGUUGCUGACUUGCACAUUGCAGAAUGGAGCAAGAAACAGUUGAAAAGUCUUUCAAUGGACUUCACACACUCCUACAGAGAGUCUGCUUUAUUUGUGUGUGUGUCUGUACAACUGGAGUGGGCUGUUACACAAAGACUCAACGCCUUUCUCUACAUCCAUCCAUUCCUUAUCCCUUCGUUAUACCAUGGACUGGACCUGCAGACAGCUCUUAUGGUUCUCCUUCUCAUCUCUGGCUCCAUCAUCUUGUUUGGAGAACUGUGGUCAAUGUCUACUGAGAGUGCCCGGUGUCUGCAUCAAAGCCUAUUCCAGCUUUUUCUGGCCUUGUUGUCCAUGGCAACAGCUAUCCUGCACUUUUGCUUUCUGUCCCUGGUUACUUCCUCUGUUUCAAAACUGAGGUCCAAGCCAAAAAACUACAUAAACUUCCACAGUGCUGCCCUUUUGGAACAGAGGUAUUCUCAGUGUGCGGCUGUCCUGCUUACCCUACUUGUGCUAAAGCUUCUGGGAACCUUAAGGUUUGUGCGGAGAUGGAUGCUGUUUGGUAAAGUUCUCCAGAGAGCCUGGAGGAAGCUGUUGGCUCUGUCUGUGCUACUAUUCUUGCUGCUACUACUCUGCACCCACCUCGGAAACACUCUAUUCUCCCAUUCAGUGGAAGGCUUCUCGUCAGUCUGUCAGACUGGAGUCUCAGUGCUGUCGCUCCUGCGAGGCCGAAAAACUCUCCAAAGAUUGUGCAGGUUCCACCCUGUCCUGGGUCCUCUUUAUGGACUCCUUCUUGUGGUGGGAGGUGUUUGGCUCUUAGUCAGACUCUGUGGCGCUGUUCUUAUCCAUGCAUACAGGAGAGAGCGGGCUGAGUUGUACCGACCAACCACUGAACCUCAGGACUAUGAGAUGGUGGAGUUCUUCAUCAAGCGACUCAAGUUGUGGAUGGGACUCACUAAAGCCAAAGAAUUCAGGCACAGGGUAAAGUUUGAAGGUAUGGACUUGCCACCUUCGAGGUCCUCACAGGAAUCCUGUCCCUCUCCUGUGUCUCCCUCUUAUUCCUGUCACCACUCUCCUUCCAUUAGCUCCUCAUUUUCAUCCCACCGUGCCCUGUCCUCAGCUCUCUCUGUGAGGUCAGAGGACUCUUCAGUGUCUGAGUCUGGGAUUGACAUCCAGCCCUACCUGGACCGCCUGCUGCCCGGUGUCAGUUCACUGCUCUCUCGUUUUGAUCAGGUCAAUCAGAUUACUGAGGAUAUUCAUGAUCUUGAAAUAAAACUGGAAGAGGCUGAAACUAGAAGAAGAAAGAGGUCGAUCAGUUACAAGCUCGAAAGAUCAGAUAUAUACAGAGAGUCAGCAAACCCUAAUGAUCUUGAAGGAGAAAGCAGGAAAACAGAAGAAGUUAGACACAGGAGGACAGGUUUUUUUUACUCAAAAUCAAGAGUCUCCCUGCCAUCAGCAUAUCCUUUCACGCCCUCUAAAAUUCUCAACCCCUCUGCAUCUACCUGCAUAUUUCCCCGUACACGUAGUGCCUACUCUGAGUCUGAAUCGGCACCAUAUCAGCCUCAGGGAUCUAGCAACCGCCAUACGUCUGAAGCUGCCAAGGAUGCUCCUGGAAACUGUGGUUCGCAUACUGCAGGUUGUCUUGGAUUUGAUGGGUUCCACCGAAGAAGGGCUUGGCAUUCUGGGAGUUCUCAUUCAGCGGAUGCAGUUCAGAGGAUUUUUCUGACCCAAGGCGGAGUGGCUACAUGUGGCAAUGGAAGAGAAAAUGUAGCACUCACAAACAGCAGACCACGGAGUGACCAGGGGGUUAGAAGGGACAUUAGCAAUGGAGUCCCAGUAAAGAGGAAGGCUUGGAUCUCUGAGCCAUCGGAGACUGAGCAAGAAUAAACAUGUGCCCAAACUUGA